CAGCAUCAAUGUUUUUGUUGUGACUCGAUAGUGUCAUUCUAGUAUAAAUCUUGCCAGUUACGGUUAACGUUGCUGCGCAUUUCUCGUACUGCAUUCAUUCUCAAUUGCGACGUGUAGGAAGCAACUACAAAGUUCUGACCGAAGUUCUGUGCAGUUUAUUUCAAAUUUUGUGUAACACAAACGUUGAACAUGAUGGAAAAGGUGUGCUGCAUGCGCCUAAGCACCGCCGGCGUCGUCCUCGGAUGGAUUGGUGUUGUGGCCUCUUUUAUCGGGACAAUUCUUUUGGCCACCAUAUUGGGGAACGCCGAUGUGAUUGCUAAGAGCAUUCUAGGAAAUAUGACUGAUGGCGCAGCGAAAUAUGAUGAAAUUCACAUGGGCUUAAUCGUGUCGUGCAGCGUCUACUUGGCCAUUGUUGUGCUAAAUUUGUUGGCAUCGGGCAUGCUUAUCCUGGGCACAAUGAAGGAACGUCAUUUGAUGUUGCUGCCUUGGCUGAUCAACUCUGGCGUUGGACUCUUAUUUAGCAUUAUAUAUCAUUUCGUCUUAUUGAUUUUAGCGCUGACGAGCGCCCAGAUCGAUCGUAUUGUUCCUGUGUUGAUAGUCACUUUAAUAGGGCUAGGUCUGCAUAUCUACAUUUACUGCGGUAUCUACUCGCUGUUCAAGCAAAUUCAGCUUACCCGCGAGCAGCAGCAGCCACUGAUUAACCAGUCUCAGGGUGCAGAAGUGCCCAAUCAGGGAAAUAGUUAUCCCAGCUAUACCAAAAUCUAAACUCCUUAAUAACGAGCAAGCGAAUGUUGCCGACCGGGAAGCGAUCGGGAAUCUUUGAAAACGAAAAUCACAUUUAAUGUUUAAUGUUAAACCCCACAUAUAUAUAUAUAUACAUGCAUACUUGAAUAUAUGUGUGCACAGGGUGCACGCGUAGUGUCGUAAUAACCGUAUAUGUUGUAACAGGAUCAAAUAUUUUUUUUGCUAUUUUUCCGGGCAUUUUUUAAUGCUUGCCUUUAAAUAUAAAUAUCUCUAUAUAUAUAUAUGUAUAUGUA